AUGUCAACUAUCACCCAGAUAACGUUGCCUACGUGGGUGGUGGGCUCUUUGCAAUUGCGAUGUGUUUAUCUGGUGAAUAAUACCUCAUUUCGGUUAGAUGAGUGUCCCACCAAGGGCCCAGCCAUCCCUCUCUACUUGGGAGCUGACCUGUUUUCCACCACUAACAUCCGCUCAGAAAACCAUCCCAGAUACCACGCAAAGUUUGCCAAGAAAGGAUUAGCAACCAAACUACAAUUUUCCUCUGCAUAUAGGCUUCUCAAGUUGCCCGCGUCCAACAACAGCUUGUGGUUCUACAGCAUACAGGGGAUCUUCCGAAUUGCCUUUGAGCUUUUCAGUCGAGAGGACCAGCUCACAGUCCUCGAGAAUUUUCAAGAUGUUUGGAAGUCACACAUAAACGACGGCCCUCUGCAGAUGGGCUACAGCCUCAAUGAGGGGUUGGACAUUCCAGUUGUCGCCCCUCCACCCAGAGCCAUCUCCAAGUCUCGUAAACCCCGGACAGAGCCUGGAGACGACUCGAAAGAUCACGAUUACUGCUGUGCCACGCCCCCAUGCCCUUCAGAGGCCGACGUAGUAUCACCCAUGCAGCAACAGAUGCACUAUUUGUCCAAUUCACUUCCCCAGGUUCAACCAGAGCAUCUCAAGACUAUAGGAACGCUCUUAGACCUAGUUGACAGCUACGUUAAAGACGAUCUCACCGAAAACAAAGUAACAGAGGUCGUUAUGGCGCUGCUCCAAGCCAGACAGUGGGACGAGUUGUAUUCGAGUCCUCUGCUGAGCCGUAUCGGGUGUUGGCUCGGGCAGCAGUUUCACCAAGCCAACAGCAGCAUCAGCCAAAGAGUCGAGGGCUUUAAAAUGCAUCACAUCGACCGCAUUAGUGACUUGCCCCCGGCUGAAGAACUCACCCAAGAGCUGUUUCCAGAAGCAAUGACACGUCUGCUGCUUCAAUGGAUGGGUCUGAGUGAGGACACCAGCACAGACAAGAGACACAGUGAAUAUCCCAUUCUACUGCUCAUACUGGAGUUUGCCAAUCAUAAUCUUAUAACUGGUGUGGCACAUGUGUUGUAUUCCAGCUUGAUAUGUAAAUAG